UCGCUCGUCCGCUCGGCCGCUCGGCGUUCUGCUCUUACACGGCGCGCAUUUAAUUUUAAUUCGUCGCCUGCCGUGCUGCCAGCGACAUCGGUUGCGUCUCGCCAAGAAGUAGUGUGUCACUCACUCGCUCCCGCCACUUGGAAGUAGACUCUGCCUGAGCCAUCGGCAUCGGGAAGGAAGCCGUGCAGCAGGCGAAGUUCACCGUUAUUGUGACCGUUUAGUGUGACCGAGUGUGCAUGCGCAGCAAGGACAUACAUAAGACACAGCGAGGAGUGUGGCCAGUUGCCAAGGAUUGCCCGUUGUACGAUCGAAAAAGCGCAUUCAUUCAGUUUUAUUGAACCAUAUCGACGCUCGAGUUCGAUCCCGAUCCCCAUUCCGAUUCCGAUCCCGAUCCCGACCCGUAAUCUCGACGAUUGGACAACUGCAAUUGUAACGCGAGCAACACAAACUGUCAACAAAGUCGUAAAUUCGCACACUGCCGCCGUAAAGUGAAGCAAUCGCGAGGGGAAAAGGCGGAAAAGAGUGCAGGCAGCAACAAAUUAAUUACCAAAUAACAGGCGAAAGUUUCUGCAACAUGAGCUGCUGGCUCUAAGGAGCACAUUCAUCAGCAGCAGCAGCAACAGCAGCAGCAACAGCAGCAGCAGUUGCCACAUCCAGGCAGCAGGUGCAACCGGAGAGUAGAGAAGUGGAGUGGAGAGAAGAGGAGGCGCACUUGCAGGUCAAGGUUCUUCCGGAGAGCAGAGCAAUCAGCCCAGGGCGACACCAGGACAACAUGGUACACGGACCGCCGGCGCGCAGAAAAUCACAGCAGCAGCAUGAGGCCUGCGAGAUGGACAUGGAGCGACAGCCCACUCCGCCGGACGGCGGCUGGGGAUGGGUGGUGGUCUUCGGCUCCUUCAUGAUACACAUAGUCACCGAUGGCAUGACCUACUCCUUUGGCAUCUUCUACAAUGAGUUCCUGGACUACUUCAACGAGGGCAAAGGCUACACGGCGUGGAUUGCCUCCAUAAUGGUGGGCGUGACCUUCUCUUCCGGACCGAUCAGUUCGUCGUUCGUGAAUCGAUAUGGCUGUCGUGCGGUGACCAUAGCGGGCUCCAUUUUGGCCGCCAGCUGCAUCAUCGUGAGCAUGUUCGCCCAGAAUGUCCUCACGCUGAUCAUCACCAUCGGUUUCGGCACGGGCUUGGGCUUCGGGCUCAUCUACCUGCCGGCCAUCGUGAGUGUGACGCAGUACUUCGAGGCCAAGAGAUCCCUGGCCACGGGCAUCGCCGUCUGCGGCUCCGGAUUCGGCACCUUCGUCUUCGCGCCGCUCACGGAGUUCCUGAUCGGCAGCUACGGGUGGCGCGGUGCGAUGCUGAUCAUCGGCGGCAUCGUGCUCAACUGCAUCAUCUUCGGUGCCAUGUUCCGGCCGCUGGAAAUGGAGGCACCGCCACAGACGCCGCCGAACACGCCGAGCACUCCCAAGCUGGGCAAGAAGUCGGCGAUCAUCGACCAGAACACGACGCCGGCGGAAUUGGAGCCACUCAAGAUCCAGCCCAAGGAUCAGUACCUGCAGCUGCCGCAGCGCACGGAUACUCCGGUCACCGGAGGUGCCCUCUGUCGCUCCAACAGCGUUGGCCACAACCUCAAGCCCAGUCUGAACAACAACUCAAACGGCGCCGUCAAUGGGCAGGGAGCCACCUUGGUGAGCAGUGACCCACCGCAGGCGGUGGUGAAGAGCACCAGCAACGACGACAUCGCCCGCAAGUGCCACAGCCAGUUGCAGCUGACUCCUCUGAGGGACGCGCAUCGCGAGCGCAGUGCCAGUGGCACCAUGUACCGCCCGGAUGCCCUUUACCAGGGCUCGCUCCACAACCUGCCCGACUAUGUGAGCUCCAGGAACGAUCUGAACCGCUCCAUGUCCGGUUCCGGCGUUAUAAAGCGCUACGGCUCCCUUCGCCAGAGCACCAACAUUUCACAGAGUCAGGAGGAGACCAAGUGCUGCGGCUGCAUCACUUGCUCCAAGGAGACACGCGACACAUUCGCCGAGAUGAUGAACUUCUCACUGCUCAAGGACAUGGUCUUCGUCAUCUUCUCCGUGUCCAACUUCUGCACGAGCAUUGGCUUCAACGUUCCCUACCUGUACGUGGUCGCCUACGCGGAGACCCUGAAGCUGACCAAGUCGGAUGCCAGCUACCUGAUAGCCACGAUUGGCGUGGCCAACACGGUGGGUCGCAUCAUCCUGGGCUACAUCUCGGACAAGCCGUGGGUGAACCGCCUCCUCGUCUACAACGUCUGCCUUACAGCCUGCGGAAUUUCCACUGCCAUGGUGCCGCUGUGCCACGACUUCCAAACCCUGGCCUUCUACUGCUGCGUGUUCGGCUUCACGAUCGGCGCCUACGUGGGCCUGACCUCGGUCAUCCUGGUGGACCUGCUGGGUCUGGACAAGCUGACCAACGCCUUUGGCCUGCUGCUGCUCUUCCAGGGCAUCGCCAGCUUCAUCGGUCCGCCCAUCGGAGGCUGGAUGUACGACCUGACGGACUCGUAUGCGCCGGCCUUCCUGAUGGCCGGCCUCAUGAUCGCCAUCAGCGGCCUGGUGAUGUUCGCCAUUCCGCCGCUGCAGCGCCUCCAGGCCCGCAAGCUGGAGCGGAAGCCCCACACCGAGCACCUGGCCCUUAGUUAGUAGUUCACCCACCACCACCACCCACAGUGCCCUGUUUACUCCCACUGCUACCAUAUUUUUUUGUUUUUUUUUCUACUGUAACUUUAAAUCUAGAUACGUACUGAUGCACACGACUUGCAUGCUUGCUUAGAUUAAGUCCUAGUCCUAGGCCAGCCAUGUACAUAGGUAUGCGCAUAUGCGGCAGCUAUGGCAUAUCCGAUUAUUUAUGUACACCAAACUCCCCUGUCCCCCCGUCCCCUGCCCCCCUGAGCCAUGACCUCUGACCCCAGACCCCAUUGCAGUGCAUGCAAAUGUAUGCCUAUACGUACAUGUACCCAUACCCAUACCCAUACCCAAAUUAUUGUUAUUCUAUUAUGACUGUAUGCCUGUGCGUGCGUCCCUCUGUGUAUACGCCAUUAAAGAAAGCUUUUG